AUGUCCAUUGCUAUUGUGGGAAUGGCCUUCCGCGGCCCCGGCGAUGCCCGCGAUGUCCGCGGCCUGUACGAGAUGGUCGCCCAGGGCCGCGAGGCGUGGAGUGAGAUCCCCGCGCAGCGCUGGAAUGCAAAGGCCUUUUACCAUCCAGACCACUCGCGAUAUGGCCAGAUCAACGUCCCUGGGGGCCACUUUAUGUCUGAGGAUGUCAUGGCCUUUGAUGCUCCUUUCUUCAACCUGACCGCAGAUGAAGCAGAGGCGAUGGACCCCCAGCAGCGUCUGCUAUUAGAAGUCACCUACCAAGCAUUCGAGAACGCUGGAAUCCCGCUCCAUCGAAUGGCCAAAACACCCACUUCGUGCUUUGUGGCCUCUUUCUGCGGCGACUAUACCGACCUGCUGCUACGCGACCCGGAAGCCAUCCCCAUGUACCAGUGCACGAACGCCGGGCAGAGCCGCGCGAUGGUCGCCAACCGGCUCUCGUAUUUCUUCGACCUGCGCGGGCCCAGCGUCACGGUCGACACGGCCUGCUCGGGCAGUCUGGUCGCCCUGCAUCUGGCGUGCCAGAGCCUCCGCAGCGGCGAGGCCACUGCUGCCGUCGCGGCGGGCGUCAAUCUCAUCCUCAGCCAUGAGUUCAUGUCGACCAUGAGCAUGAUGAAGUUCCUCUCCCCCUCUGGGCGUUGCUAUACCUUUGACGACCGAGCAUCAGGGUACGCCCGCGGGGAAGCCAUCGCCACUCUCGUGCUGAAACCGCUGGAGCUGGCCCUGCGCGACGGCGAUCCCAUCCGGGCCAUCAUCCGCGGCUCGGGAUCCAACCAGGACGGCCGCACGGCAGGGAUCACCCUGCCGAGUGGCGAGGCCCAGGAAUCCCUGAUCCGGAGCGUGUACGACACCGCCCGUCUGGAUCCCCGGCAGACGGCGUUUGUCGAGGCGCACGGCACAGGCACUCCCGCGGGGGACCCGAUCGAGACGGGGGCAAUUGCCCGGGUGUUUUGUCUGGGUGAUUCCCCCCGUGAGGAGCCCCUCCGCAUCGGCUCUGUGAAGACAAACGUCGGCCAUCUCGAGGGUGCCAGUGGGCUGGCGGGUGUGAUCAAGGCGGUUCUCAUGCUGGAACAGGGCGUCUUCCUCCCUGGGCGGAAUUUCGAAACCGUCAAUCCUAAAAUCGACCUGGAGAAAUGGAACUUGAGGGUCCAAACAACGGUGGAACCGUGGACGGCUCCCCUCCGGCGCGUGUCGGUCAAUAGCUUCGGAUACGGGGGCAGCAACGCCCAUGUCAUCUUGGAAAACUACCCCGCGCCGUUUUGCCAGUGCAAGGACGUCCUGCUGGAGAAACCAUCGCCGAAACUCUUCAUCUUGUCCGGCUUCGACGAGACAGCCUGCCGAGGGAAUGCUGCCCGUCUGGCAGAGUAUCUCACCGACCACCCGGUUGAUCUGGACCGACUGGCCAACACGAUCAACCACCAUCGCACGCUGUUUCCAUUCCGCACGGCGGCCGUGGGAUCUUCAGCGGAAGAGCUGGCAGCCACCCUGUCGUCGUCGUCGUCGAAACCUGUUCGUGCGCUCUCCCGCCCUCCCGUUCUCGGCUUCGUCUUUACCGGGCAGGGCGCCCAGUGGGCGGGGAUGGGACAAGCACUGCAUGGAUAUCGAGUGUUUAGAGAGAGCAUCGACCAGAUUGAUCGUGAGUUGGCCUUGAUGGGGGCAGAAUUCACAAUCAAAGAAAUCCUCCGCGGUGACCACGACGUGAAUACCCCCCUGUACAGCCAAGCAGCGUGCACUGCGCUGCAGAUCGCUCUGGUAGACCUGCUGGCCUCGUGGGCCAUCACCCCCGCCGCCGUGACAGGCCACUCCAGCGGCGAGAUCGCUGCCGCCUACGCUGCGAGGGCACUCGGGCGGCGCGACGCAAUGGCUGUGGCGUACCACCGGGGCCGCUGUGCUGCGCGUCUCACUCAAGAUACGACGGUGCAGGGCGGGAUGAUGGCGGUCGGGCUGGGCGUGGAUGCCGUCGAACAGUACCUGGCCGCUUACUCUGGACGGGUGAUCGUUGCCUGCGUCAACAGCCCUGUCAGCGUGACGGUGUCGGGGGACUCGGAUGCGAUCUCCCAGCUGGACGAGACGUUGGAGAAGGACAAUAUCUUCCAUCGGCGUCUGGCAGUCUCGGUGGCGUACCAUUCCCACCAUAUGCGGCGGGUGGAAGACGAAUACCGCGCGUCUCUGGAGGACAUCACUCUGCUUCCCUCUUCUUCGACUUCUCCGGUUCUCUUCUUCUCCUCCGUCACAGGGGAGGAAAUGGGUCUCGACCAGCUCGGCGUGGAGUACUGGGUAUCCAAUCUGGUCGGACAGGUCCGCUUUGCCCCGUCUCUGGCGCAGCUGUGUCUGGGCCGACAAGACAAACGGAAGAAGAGAAUGAAGAAAGGAACGGCCGUCGAGGGACUGGUAGAGGUUGGCCCGCAUUCUGCCCUGGCCGGUCCCAUCCAGCAGAUCCUGCGUGGAGAUCCACGUCUGACUGAGAUCUUCUAUACGAGCGUGUUGGUCCGCAAGGAGGACGCCAUCUACUCUGCUCUGCGCAUGGCAGGGACUCUGUUCGCCAGGGGGUACUCAGUCGGACUGAGGGAGAUUAACCAUGGAACGAGUGACAGCGAGGUAUCUACAGAUAAUACUAUAUUGACAGAUCUCCCCCCCUACGCCUUCAAUCAUUCCCGCUCUUAUACCGCCGAAUCUCGCCUGAGCCGGAACUACCGCCUGCGAAGCCAUCCCCGACUCGACCUGCUCGGCGUGCCAGACGCGAUGCAGUGUCCGUGGGAGCCGCGCUGGCGGACGUACCUGCGUCUGGCCGAGCUGCCGUGGCUGCGCGACCAUCGCAUCCAGGGCAACACUGUCUUUCCGGCGGCGGGAUACAUCGUCAUGGCGGUAGAGGCGUGCAGACAGAUUCGACUGUUUCCAAUGGCUUCGCCAUUCUGUCUCGAGAAUGUAUCCAUCUCGAAUGCCCUCGUGCUGGAUGAAACCAAACCGACAGAAGUCUUGGUCACCCUCCAAUCUGACGGUCGGUUCCGCGUGUAUUCCUGUGUCGAUCGGUGGACGGAGCAUUGCCAGGGAUAUAUUCAUACAAAGACCACAUUAUCUAGUGUUGGAUCAAUCGGUUCAGUCGACUCACUCUCCAUCGAAGAUAACACGUUCUAUUCCCGCCUGAACGACUGCGGACUCGAAUACGGCCCCUCGUUCGCCAAUCUGUCGCAUAUCAGAUAUACAUCUACAACCUGCUCGGCGCAGUUGACCGUACCGGAUACCUCGUCGACUAUGCCACACGGGGUUGAAACGGCCUUUCUCAUUCACCCCGCGACGCUGGAUGGGCUGCUGCAUGCCGUCUUUCCUCCCCUGCUCGACGCCAUGACUGCCAACAAGGAAGCCUUGGUCCCGGUGUUUAUCGAAAAGAUAUGCAUUGGCAGUGCGUCAGCGACGGAUUCAAUGACUGUCUCUUCCAUUGUGCGGGAAGAACGAGACGUCGUCACGGCGGAUAUAACCACUGCCUCAGUUUCGAUCUCUGGCUUGCGCUGUGCCCGGUUGCCUGGCCAGAUCGUCGUCGAGAAAGAGGAAGAGUUCCCUCUGGCGUAUACCGUGCAGUGGAAGGCCGAUCCGGAUCUCCUGACGGCGUCUGAUCUCCAGGCCAUGUUUCGUGAUGAUGUGCACGCAGGCCUGGCCGCGUAUCUUGCCCUCCUCGUGCAUCAACAUCCAGACAUCUCUAUCUUGAGUCAUGUUGACGACGUGAAUCUCCCCGAACACGACGAUGAUACCCUUUCUCAAUACGACGUCGUGGUCAACGGUGAUCUCCGUCUCGUGAAGCCUGGGGGCCGGCUGGUCCUCGUCGACAGCCAGGUUGACAUUCCAUCGGGUAUGACUCUUAUAUAUCGUGACGCCCGUGUGGUGAUAGCUACACCUUUUCUCCCUAUUGACUCCCCCAUCAAUCCUCCCGUGGUGAUCGCUCUCGACGGUCCCUGCGACGACGUCUCCGUGAACCACCUUUGCGCCUUGCUUGAGUCUUCAUGCUCGGUGACCACCGCCGAUUUCCAAACGGCCGACCUGUCCGGCACAUUAGCCAUUGUGCUGAGCAUGUCUGCCUCGGCGCUAUCGCAGCCCACCGCCGCCUCCCUCGACGGCGUCAAGACAGCCAUGUUACGCUCCCGGGGCCUGCUUUGGGUGACGCAGGGGGGCGCAGGGGACCAUCCCUUUAACCCCAACGCCAGCCUCGUUGUCGGGUUUGCCCGCACGGCGCGCGCAGAGGCUGGCCGCAGCGCCAUCUUCACGCUAGAUCUGGCCGGGGGCUCGCCCGAGACGGCCGCCGAUCUGAUUGCGCGACUGUUCCAGCACCGGUUCGUGUAUAAUGACAGUAGUAGAUCUCGUGAAGACGAAUACUGCGAGCAGGACGGCACGUUGAUGAUCCCACGGGUGGUUUCUGACGCUGUCCUGCACGAGUCCAUCAAGGAACGCCAGAGGAGCCAUACUGUCCGUGACCAGCAGUUCCAACAGGCAGACGUCUUUGCCGCCAGACUGGACGGCCCGGAUCUCCUCUUCGCACAGUCUCUUCCCCCAUCCACCCUCCAGACAGAUCAGGUCUGUAUCGCCGUAAAAGCAGUCGGCUUGUUGCCCUCCGACCACCGCUUCGUCAGCGCAGAGAACCCACAUACUCCGCUCGGCAGACAGUGCAGCGGCAUCGUCUGCGCGGUGGGCGAGUCCGUCACGGCGUUCACACCCGGGGAUCGUGUUGCCUGUGUGGCGGCAACCGGAGCCCUUGUGUCUCGGUAUACAGACGAGGUGGCUGCUUUUCAGCGCAUUCCGGACGAAAUGUCCUUCGCUACGGCGGCUGCUCUGCCCGUCCCGGCGUGUGAAGCAUAUGCCCUUGUCCAUCGGCUCGGGGAGGUCCAGGCGGGAGAGACAGUGCUUGUUCGUGCCCGGGGGGACCAACUCACCGCGCAGUUGGUGGUUCAAUUAUGUCGAUACGGGGGGGCUUUUAUUGAGGAUGCUAACGGGGAAAACAAAGUUGAUGUCGUUAUUGAUAUGGAUGAUUCUAUUGACCAGUCUGUCGAUUCUUGCUCCCGCCACGUCAGUCGACAGGACGUCUUCCAACUGAGGAAUGAUAUCCUUCACACCAUCUGGAAGGAGGUUAUGCCUCUCUUCCACCAGGGGAUUCUUACUGCUCCAUCGCCAGAUCUUCAUCCCCUGUCUUCUCGUCUGGGAGAAGUCCUAGAUCAUCCAUCCGGGGUGGUGACCAUGAACCCUGAAGAUAUCAUCAAAGUCCGCUGCGAACAAACAUCCACCCCUCUCUUCUCCCCGUCCUCCUCCUACAUGCUCAUCGGCGGCCUGGGCGGCAUCGGUCGAGCGGUGGCUCUGUGGAUGGCCUCGAGGGGAGCUCGACGGCUCGUCCUCGUCAGUCGCAGCGGGGCAUCGACUGCUUCUGCGCAGGAGACGGUCUCUAUGCUGCUAGACAAGGGAGUGGAGGUUACCGUCUCCUGCUGUGAUGUCGCAGAUGAAGAACAGGUGAAAGCAUUGAUGCUUUCCAUUCCUGACUUGGCCGGCGUCAUCCAUGCCGCCAUGGUUCUACGGGAUACACACAUCCAACACAUGUCGCUGGAAGAUUACACCGCCGUGCUGGCUCCCAAACACUCUGCUGUCUGGAAUCUCCACCGGUACUUGCCAACCGAGCAGCCCCCCUUCCUCCUGCUUCUCUCUUCCAUCAGCGGCAUCAUAGGCAACGCUACCCAGGCCGCCUACGCCGCGGGGUCCUCGUUCCUGGACGCCUUUGCGGCCUACCGCUCUGCUCGCGGGCUGCCCACCAUCGCUCUUGAUCUCGGCGUCAUCUCCGACGCGGGCUAUCUCGCUCUCAACCGGGACUUGGCUGCGAGAAUGGCCCGACAGGGGUUCCAGGGCAUGUCUACCAGGACUCUCCUGGCGCUGCUGGAGAGUGUCAUCACCAAUCAAGAAAGAACAUAUCAAGUCGUGACUGGGCUGGGGAGAUGGAGAGAAGGCCGAUCCCUGUCCAAUUUCGACGCCCCGUUGUUCGCCCAUUUCCGCCACCAAUUUCUUCAUGACACCGAGGAAACAGAAGAUCCCACCGAAAGACAAGAACAGGAUCUUCAUCAGGCCAUCUCCACGGCAGACUCUCUCGACGACGCCGCGGCGAUCGUGUAUACCGCGCUGGCGACGCGGCUGGCCGCCAGUCUCGCCGUCGACAGGGAGAGCAUCGAGCCGGCGUCGCCUGUGAGUGCGUACGGAGUCGACUCGCACGCGGCCGUCGAGCUGCGGGCGUGGAUCAACAAGCGGACGCGGACGUCGGUUGCGCUGCUGGAUAUCCUGGCGGGGGCUUCCGUGGGGGACUUGGCCAUGCGGGUUGCAGUGCUGGUUAGGCAGGGUACCUCUUAA